AUGGACAGUGAAACAGCAACAUCAUCACGAUGGAAUACCACUGGGAUCAACCUCGAGGAUCUCACGAUGGACAGCAACUUUAUCCUGCUGCUGACAUCGCUGUUGUGCGCAAUUAUUUGGACCAUAUAUCUCAUAUACUACAAUUCAAGGAUCAUGGGGAUCAUCAUCACUCAUAUCUUGGCUCGAUUUGUAGGUCGAGGUAUCGAGGUUCAAGUAGGAUCUGUUUCUCUCUCAACAUUGAGUGGAAAGCUGAUGUUCCGCAAUUUCAUCUAUAUAACACCAGACUUCAGUGUUAGAAUCCUGGAUGGCUGGAUCAUUUUCAAAUGGUGGAAGUCAUAUGAACCAAAAGUCAUGCAUGAAGAUAUGACAAAGUUGGAUUCCCGUUUGGAUCUUGUGAUGAAUGGCAUGGAGUUUCACAUCUACAAUCGAAGUAACCUCUACAGUGAACUAGAGCAGAAGUUUGGUUUGGACUCUCUGCUACUUCCUACUCAAAAAGAUAGAAGCAUUUGGAAGAUGGUUCUGCAGAGACUUCACCAGCUGGGCUCCUGGGGGACAUGUGCUCAGAGAAGACAUAGGAGACAUAGACAUAAUGCUGCAGAAGCUGAUGAGGAAAAAGCUGUCAUUGAUGUUCCUGAUGGGGAAGAUGAAGACCGUACUGAGGGCAUUGCACACUCCAUGUGGCAUCGAUGGAGAGAUUUUCUCCCUGUCAUCAAAUUAGAGCUCUUCUCAAGUCGAGUAGUGUUUGGGAAUCGUUUGCUGCCAACAACACUGUCCUUGUUUGCUGAAGAGUUGAAGUUGGUGUAUUCCAGCAAACCUUCUCAUUCUCCUCUUGAUCUGUAUAUGCAUACAUUGAAAGGUCAUGGGGAAGGUUUCAAGAUCUUGUUGUCUCCAAGUCCAAAGUAUACUGGACCCACAGAUGAACCACCACGGGUUGUACCCACAUCAUCUGAAGGAAGCAAUCUAGAGGCACAAAAAGAAGAUGGAGAUGAAGAUUCUCCUCCACAUGGCACAGAUACUUUACCUGUGUGGGGCAUUGACUUGAAGUGUGGGAAAAACACGGAUAUCAGUUAUGGGCCAUGGGCUGAUCGACAACGUGAUCAGCUGAUGAAAUUCUUCUUCCCUAGCAGUUAUGGAACUCAGACACCAACACCUCCACUUUGUGCAGGAACAUACCUGGACAUGACCAUUCCAUGGGUUAUUGAGGCUAAUGGUUACACUACCAAGAUCAAUGGACAGUUUCUUCAUCUAGACUCAACAACAAGUUUGCUUUUUCGAAAAAUUCUGGAGUGUGAAACCCUGGAGUUUGAUGUCAGCAUGCAUACUCCCCUCUGCUGGAACCAUGAGCAGCACUGGAAAACAACUUUCACUGCUUGCAAGGCUACAGCUCACCUCAUUUUUGCACAUAAAGUUUUUUUCCAAGAUAUGAUAGAAGAUUGGUCAAGUUCAGGGAAAUCUUGUUGGGCCACUCCUAACAAGCCUGAUAUCCUGCACUUUGUUCCUUACACUUGGGUCCUGGAGUGCAUAUUGAAGCAAUUUGAAUUGAUUCUCCCAUGCAGUCAGCACAAUUGGAUUGAUUGUUCUUCCCAAAUCCCAGAGAAUGUUGAAGCUGGAGUAUGUGGAGACCUCCUGGAUUUUUCAUUGACCAUGCCAUUCAAUGAGUUCCUUCCUAAGACUGUCCCACUGAAGAUGUGGCUCCAAGGAGAAAACCUGACUCUGUCUUCCUACUUACCAGAGAUUUAUACAUCCCAUGAUGUUGUCCUUGCUCUGCACAAGAGUGCAAAGCUGAUAGGACGAGAUGGCACUCCCUUUGUUCCAGAGGAGAAGGUGCAUCGUUGGAGACAUUUUUGCCUUGCUGAGAAUGGGUGGGUGGACAUGGGUUGGGUACCUAUAGCUGCUCUGAGCAUGACUUUCACCUAUCACCCUAUGCCUCAUGUGGACCCUCAGCAUUACUUCAGCCUUUCUACUCCUGAGCAAGAAGAAUAUCUCCUCUCUCCUAUUCGAGCUCCAGCCACUAAUCUUGGAGUAGAGGGUUCUUUUGUCCAGGGAAAGGAAUCAGAAAAAUUUGAUCCCUCCACGCUUGAUCCUGAUGUGUUUGAUGUGGAAUUUGAAAUUGGCCCUUCAAAUUUCUGUCUAUAUGGAACCUUGUUUAGGGCACUUUGGUAUAUCAAGGAAAAUUACUUUGGAGAAAGUCAAGUUUUCCAAGACAUGGAAGAUAGCUGGAAGAAUAAAGGUAGUCAUGCUGAAUAUGAGGGAGAAGAAGAGUUGUUGGGCAAGAAGUCAAAAAGUAAACUCUCUACCUUUGAGAGAGUGUCAUCUGAACAAAGCAGUUCACAGUUUGACCCUCGGAAGUUCCGUCCUUUCACAGUAACUGUCUGUGUCAUUAUGCAUGACAUACAAGGUGCCCUUCUUACGGAAUGUACUCCUCAAGGGCCCCCUUGCCCUCUGCUGUCCAUGGAACAGCUUGUGGUGGAAUUACACAAGUCAUAUCAUGAGACAAAAAUUCAGGUGAACCUUUCGCCUGUUAUCAUGCAGGCAUGGGACAGUAUCAAACGCCCUCAACCACAUGCACACUUGCAACAGGGUCUCAUGCUUCUUUCUGCUUUGCAAUUUCGUGGGCAUGCACUUUUCAGUGAUGAAGGGAGGAAACUGGAAGAAGAAACUUUGGAGUAUGGAUGGCUUGUGGAAGUGCAACUGGGUCAAAUCAUUGGUCGACUGUCAUUGCCACAGCUUCAGCAAGUUAUAUUUGGUCUCAACUCCAUGGUCUUCUUGGCCAUGGAUCGAGAAAAUUCUCUUCGACCUGUCCCACUCAAGAUGCAGUGUUAUCAUGGAAAGCCACAGGAUGAUUGUCCAGAAUCUUUACCUGAUUGUCCUCCAUGUCCAACUUCAGAUGAAAUCAAGUAUGCAAUGACUCGAGUCACCAUUGACAUCAUCGAUGUGGCAAUUGUUGAAAAAGCAACUGCUAUCAAGCUGCAGGUGUAUCCUGUCCGAUUGGCAACUUGCAAUCUUCAUGGCCCUAAGAUACGAUCAGGAGUUACUCUCUUGACCAAUGCUGUGCAGAUACUGCAGUAUAUUGCACCUUGUCCAGAACAAACUCGUCCAUCUGCAUCUGACAUGAAUGGGAGCAAAGGAGGAAAUACAUGGCUGGAAGUCAGUCGAGUUAGCCUUGGACCCAUUGUUCUUGAUGCAGCUCUUUCAUCAUCACUCUUUGGUACUAGAGAUAUGCAGAAGCUUCAGUGUGGUUUCCUGGAGAAGCAUGACAGACGAAGUCAUCGCCUAUGGUUUCUUUGGCUCACAAAGGAUGCUCCAUCCACUAGUAAGGAUUCAGAACUUGUUGGGAAGUGUGGAUGUGUUGGUGGAUGUGCAUUUUUUGGUCACAACACAAAUGGACCCACCUUCUUCAAGCCUUCUGACCAAGAUUUCACCAGUGGCACAAAUGUUGCACAGUACAGAGUGAAUGCAGUCAAAGAGGAUCUGGGCUACGGUCAGAGCCUUCUUCAGCCAAACCAGCUUGUGUUCAACCCUCAUGUGAUUGUUUCAAGUGGGGAAUCACCUUCCCAAGAAGAAGAUUCAGAGUUUAUCAAUUUCAUUUAUCCUCCCCAAGAAGUUGAAGGGUCUCCUCCUCGACCCCAGUUCUCAUCCCAGAUGAGUCUUCCAGCUGGUAUUGGAAGUCAGAAUCCAACUGUGGUCACGCCGUUAAAUUCACAGGCCAUCAGUCAGUGGGAUGCAACAAUUGCUCGCACAACAUCACUUGGGAGUGAAUCCGAUCCCUCAUACUUUUCAGCCAGGGAGCAAAUAUUUUCUUCAGACACAGAUGCCCGAAGUGGCAGUCUGACAAGCCGCAUGGACCCAUAUGUGAGUGCGUCCAACAUCCCAUUUGAGGUGAGGAAUCAAGUACAGACAAUUCCUCCCCAGAGGGGUCUCAAGCAAAGCUCCUCUCGGUCAUUGUAUAAGAAUCACAUGCAAAGGAGGAGUUCACGGGAUAUUCUGCCUUCCAAGCAAGCCAAGAGUGGAAAGGAAGAGGAAGGAGGAUCAAGCAGUAGUGCUUCAACAGUGUCAAGUACAUCAUUCCUGUCUGCUGUUUCCACAGCAGAUGAUCUAAACCUUGUUGAACUUCAUAACCAAGUCAAUAAGCAGAUCACUGACUCUCCCUUGCUCAUGUCAACCUAUACUACACAUUUGGCUCAGGUUCAGUGCAAGUUCUGGACUCCCAAGAUGCCUGUGCAUCUGGGUGGGAGUUCAGGAGUGUAUCUGAUAUCAGCUCAGCAGAAAGAACAUGGUCCUUGUAAAGGGGACCUUAUUCCACAAUUCCUUCUCCUCACAUCUGGGUUCACAGGAGUCCGCAUCAAACCGCACUGCAUGAGACCUGAUGACUCAUCCCCUGAAUCUCCCCUUCCAUCUCGAACCCCAUCCCAUCUCCAUGUGUGGGAUAUCCCCAUUUUCUCUUGGAAGGAUAGGACCUUCCAUCACCAGAAAGACAACCCAGAAGAUAUGGGUCAUGAUGGUGAUAUUGGUUUGGCAGGGGAUGACUGCGUGGAACGUACCACCAUUGUACUCAAAGUGAAGUCAGCUGUUGACAUCACAACUUCUCCAUUAGCACUUGAAUCCUUGCAAAGGUUCCUGGAAGCCCUAACCCCCAGUCUAACUGAAUGCCAUCCCUGGGCAGUCCUGGAUCUUGUGCACAUGCAUUGCUCAAGAGUUGUGGAAUCUCGUAAUGUACUCAUACAGAGAGAAAACAACUGGGUGCAGCUCAUGGGGACUCUUCGUCAACAACAGCAAAAGCACACAGAAGUAGUAGGGAAAGGGAUAAAGAAGGGACAGACAAGUCCCCCUGAAUCCAAGAGUUUUUCUGUUCUUGAUGCCCAUGAGGAAAGAAGAGUCUCCCAGGUCCAAGGACUUGUGAUAAAUGUAAGUGUGCUUCAGGCAUCUCUGGUUGAGACAGUGACCACAUUCUCAUCCCUGGAUAACUUCCAAGACCUGUUGUGUGUAUCUGUGUUGGCUGUCAGCAUCACUGAUACCAAGUUGCAGUUUUAUUCUGGAGAGAAGACUCUCCUGAUGUUGAGAGCCAUUCCUUAUCCUGAAGGUGCAUCCAGGACUCCUCACAAGUCCAAGCACAAAUCCAACUCCCUUGAUAGAGGGAUUCAUGAACCAUUGUUGCUGGAAACACCUGUAAGGCAGCAGGAGGAAUUCCUGGGCUCCAUUAGAGUAGCUAGUGUUCACAGUCAACUAAGGAGGCUCACCAACAACAGUUCAAUCCUAAAUGAAGCUGUCAUCACAGCCAUUCCUGUUUCCAGAUCAGAAGUGAAUUUCAGUUAUGAAUAUGAUGCCUUGUAUCGAACAAAAUUGAUGGCUUCAAAUGAAGAGAAGCUGUCUCAGUUUGAUGAAACAUUGAGGGAAGCUCUUGGUUACAUCAUGUGUGAAGCUGGAUUUGAAGGGCUGCACAUUGAGGUAGUUAAACAGAAGAAUGUGCUGAAUGACAUUGAUGAUUCAGCCUCUCAGGUGCUUCGAAUAGAAACUGAGGCUCCAUCCCAUUCUGCCAAGAAGAGCACUGCUUCUCCUAAUCCUGGAGGCUCUCAAGGAGCAUCACCCGUGGGAAGCUCAGAGAGUCCCACAUUGGUGUCAGGGAACACCACAAAUCCAAGUGCCAAGACACGAGGAACUCCAACGCUCACCAAUGAGGCACUGGACACUGGGACACAGCAUCCACACAAAGGGGACUUUGUUUCUUGUAUUUUGAGUGUCAAAAGUACUUGGUUCAACUUUGCAGCUCCACCACGGUCACCUGUGAAUGUCUCCAAGAAGAUGGAUUUCAACAAGUUGGACUGGAAUCUUCUAAGUACUGCCUCACCAGCCAUAAGUGCUUGGUUGAAUCCAUUGGACCGACAUAGCAUUGCCUUGUACACAGUCAUCUAUGGAUGGCAAACAAGGCGGAAUUCCAUAAUGGCAUGCCUCAUGACACAGGCUCUUGAGGGUCAAGGGCUCCAUUUGUCAAAGAAGAGCAAGUACAACCUUGUCUCCCUGAUCUCCAAGACAUUGCAGGAAGAUCCAUGUUGCCAGCUUUGUACUGUUCUCAGGCGCUACACUGUGAAUGUCCCUUUAGCAGAAGUUGAGAACAACAUUCAGCCCCAACUGCUCCCCACUUUGGAUACCUUGAAGAAAGGGAUUGUGGUGCUGACUCGGCAAUGGAAGAACUUCCUUUAUAUGCCCCUUGCAUGGGAGCAGACUUUCAGGAUUGCCAAGAUGAGGAAACUUCAAUUGUAUCCAACUAUUCAUGAUUCUCCUAUUUUUGCCCUUGGAGUAGACCCCAAGGUACUGGACUCACCUAAAUCAGAGCUGGAUGUGACUGAUGAGCAUGCUCAGCUCCUCUUAGCUGAAAGUGGGUCGCUGUUCAAACACAAGGAGCCAGAAGACAUCAAAGCAUCUGACCCACUUGAGAGUCCUGGCAGUGAUGCCAAAGUUCGACCUAGUCUUCCUCACUUUGGACCAAAACUAUCUCGUGCCACCAUAUCUGGACCAUUGGGCUAUUCCCGCCUGAGCAUUGAAUCAAAUUCGCUUCAUGAUUCAGUAUCAAUGGAAAGCCAAAAUCAAUCAGAUAAUGAAUUACCUGAUGAUACUCUAUACAGCUGGCUGGCUCGACAGCAACAGCAACAGCACCAACAGCAACAGGGUGCAAGUGCUGCUGAACAGGGCGGUCUCCAGGAUGUGCCAUGGAAUACAGUGACUUCCAAUCACAGCACCAAAGGAGGAGAAAGUGAUGGAGAAGCAUCAGAGAAGCUACCAGCAGCAGCAGCACCUCUUCUGCAAGUGGUGGAUCCACAUAUUGUUUUUGAAAUUCUCCUUACAUAUUUGGGGGUGGGACAGCAGCAAGUGAGUGAAGGAGCUCUAGCACAGCUAGGCAGCAAUAUUUCUGUCACCUGCACCCUUGAUUCCAUCCGUGCUGAUAUUGCUGAAGCCCUUUCAAGGGAGAAAGGUGGGACUGCUAAAAAAUCAGCCUCAUUCCUCCUUGAGAUACCAAACGACAUGCCAUCUUUUAUCUGUGAGGGAAUCAGCCUGAAAGUUGAAGCCAAGAAAGUGACAGAAAAGUCACCAUCCCUGCCAGCAAAAGUUCCCAAGGCAGUUUUCUAUGUUUCUCAGCAUCAGCUCAAGAAUGCUACCUCUACUGUUCUUCAUUUUUCUGCUACACUGAAAAGCAUCUCACAGCAGGUGAACAUGCCUCUCCUGAGGCUGGUACUGCAGAUUGCUGGCAUGUACCAGAAUGUGGUAUACAUGCAGAAGGAUCUGAAACACAAGCGUGCCAGUGUGUAUGGUCCACAUCACCAGAAGAACUCUUCCUCUGGAUCUGGAGCAACUCAAGUGGAAUCCUGCCCAUAUGGAGACACAAUAGAUUCAGCUGUCACUGCAGUUUGGAGGGAAGCAGAAGAGAUGCCCCACUCCAAUGGAUAUGAGACCUUUAAAAGUGGAACCUACAAAGGGAGACCAAGUCGAGGAGAAGGUAGAGGAAUUUCCCUGAGUCCCUUGAUGGAAGAGGCCAUUCAGACAGUUCCUGUUUGUUGGAAGACAUUGUAUCAUCUGUUGGAUCUCUAUGCCAUUACUCCUGAAACAAAAACUAUUACUAAUAGGAUUGGGGUCAUGAGUGAAGGACUUGAUGCCAGUGUGAAGCUGAAGAAGAGAAUUGAUGUCAAGUUGGCACCUCCUCUUAAAGGAAUUGGUUCCAAAUCCAAGGCUUCAUAUGCCAAGGAUGCAGUGGAUUCAGCAGAAAAAGAGCAGCUCACUCCUGAAACUCAAGUGGUUGAAACCAAAGACUUGGGUCGGUCAAUAGCAGCAUUGGGAAGCCAGGAGAAAGUUCGACUAGUUGUAUUUGGUGUGGUUUGCAUUGAGCAAGUUCGAGUCCUGGCAACAUUGAGUGGAUUGAAAUUGGAAGCACAGAUGAAUGGUCUUAAUGCAGCUCUGUCCCACAAAGAAAUGAAUCAUGGACCCAAGCUUAGGCAUUCCAUCAUCGAAUCCUCAUUGACAACUCACGUGACCAACACAUUCAUUGUUCUCCUUGAAGGCAUCCCCCCCAGUCUUCAAACGGUGGUGAAGGUUGGCAUCGGAAAAGUGGAGUCCUUGUACUCUCUCAGACGCCAUACAGUGCCCAAGACUAUUGGGAUUGGCAAGAAAGAGAGAAACUCUAUCCUCAUGAACCUUGCAUCCAUUGACAUCGACAUCCCGCAGCAUCCUGUCAUUCUUCAUGGAAUGAUGACUCGGAGCUCCAAACAGAUCUCCAGUACUCUGCAAGAACUGCGCGUGAAGAGGGCCACAAACCGACUGGCUCGAGGAAUGACCAUGGAAGACAUUGACCUCAGCAACCUUUGCAUACCUGAACCAGUAGAAACACCACCAGUGUCUCAAGGGUUCCUUAAACCUAUCGUUGUACAUUUCUCCAUCAUCCUCCAAGCCCUGAAAAUUCAGGCAGCCCUGCUUCCAUCACUGCAAGCCCAGUAUGAAAUGACAAAAGUGACUAGUGUUGGUGUGACAGGAAGCAAGGCCAACUUCACUGUCGACCUAGCCCAGCAUACACUCAGCUUUGCCACAAAAGUCCAGGUGAGAGAUAGCAACCUUCCACCAUCAGCAAGUAUUUCCUUGCCUCAAGUGCAUGUGUCAGCUGAAUACGUGCAAGAUUCUCCUCCAGAGGGAGAGCAAAUUUUGGGAGAUGUGAAGUACCAUAGGGGAAAUUACCUCAGCACACAUGCCGAGAUUGGAAUCCUGGAACACAAUCUCACAACAGAUGUCCUCAACCACCUUGUAUUUGUUCAGAAAGUCUUCAUGAAGGAAAUAAAUGAAGUGCUGCAGAAGAUGACAGCAGGAGAUCGUCCAGUCUCAUUUUGGAAUGGAGAAGGGAAAGAGGUCUCUCGCCAUCGCAUCCUUUUCUCACUUGUACUCAGAAUCAAGGGGAUCCAAGUAACAGCAACAACACCCACCAGUUCUGCAGUGCGACUAGAGACAGGAAGCGUGGAGUUGUACCUAUCAAAUAGAGUCAAGAAUUCGGAUUCUGUGCGUCUCUUCUGUAGGGCCAAGGUGGAAGUGAACUUGUCUCUGGGCCAGCUAAUCCGCAAUGUGUUCUUUGAAGAGGCUGAGCCUGAAUUCCAGCAGUUUGCUUUUUUCAAGACACGGAUAGGUCUGAGGAACAUGUUUCAAGAUGAGCUGGGUUCAAAAUCUGCAAAAGAACUUGGUGGAAGAGAUGUGGUUCUCAUCACGCUCAACCGACCUCUCAUCUACAUUCAGCCAAUUGCUGUAGACCGAGCCAUUCUUGUCUGGCUCAACUACAGAAAUGCUUACGAAUAUUGGACAGAACAAAGAGCAUCUCUAAAUAAGGAAGUCCUCACAGCAACACAGCAGGUGAUGGAAAAGAUGCCCAAUUUGGCUCAGCUGAAUCCACCAUCCAGCUCCUUGUUUGUCCAGUUGAAUGUGGAUGACAUGGGAAUCUGUCUUCCACUGAAUCAGCGCUCAACUGGUGCACCAACUCCAUUUGUACCUGGACGAUUCCUGGAUGUAGAACCUCGAGGAGGAGUAAUAGUCACCUUAGAAUCUACUUCCAUCUCUGCUCUUAGUUCUGGCUCAUUGGCAAGCAAAGGGAUGUUCAGUGGGCUCUGCAUUCGUUUUGCUGAUGAGCUGGAGGUGAACUAUGAUGACUGGAAGCCAAAUCUAAAUGAUCCCAAUAACAUGAACCUUUGUGUUGUGUCUGAGGGCACAUAUGAAGUGUGCAGUCACACUGUCACCCAGCAGUGUUCUCCCACAGAUAAUGCUAAAUGGGUGUUGAAUGUAAGCUGGAAGAUGGAUGGAGUGGACAUUCAUGUGGAUACAGACAUUGGGAAAGAGUUGUCUGCACUAGCCAGGACCCUCACUGCUCUCACAGAAGUAGUUGAGGAAGAGCCAGAACCAACUGGUCCUGGUUUUGACAGUGAUGACACAGACCAUAUUGGAGAGCUUCCCACAUCAGAGGAGUCUGUGUUCUCCCAGAAGCAGAGAGGGUUGAAUGACACUUUGCCUUCAUUCAUCUUUGAUCCAAAAAUUGAUUCCAGACAGAGGUCAAAGCUUCUUGAAAAUGAAAUGAAUGAGCAAGCCAAGGUUGUCAAUGAUCUGAGAAUGCUUGGUGCUUCACCUGCUGUCAUGGAUCCUGAGGUAAAGAGGCUUCGAGAACUGGAAGCAGUAAUGUUCAAUGAUUUUCGCCGGGACUUUAUCAACAAGCUGAGACGUCAAAGUGUCAGAGCCCCAUCCAUUAAGGAUAAACUUGGCCUCUCAACCCGACACAAUUCCAAGUCCAAGUCCUUCGUGCUGCCCUCAACAUCCUCAUCCUUUGAUCCCAAUCGUCGUCACAGUAUCUCUCCAAUUAGAAGUGGAGAGACAAGUUCAUCUUCUUCUCCCAGUCAGGAACGUUCUCAAGGUGUCCCAAAAAUUUCUGUCCACAAGUCUCUGUCGUCUUCUCUCAGAAGGAUGCACUCACAACCAGGCUCAGCUUGCAGUAGUGGUCAUGCAACAGAGCAUGAAUUUGAUGAUGAAGAUGAUUCUGAGGAAGGACUGGGUAGUCUUUCAGAAGGUUCAUCACCAAAAUUGUCACCAAGUCAAAGGCGAUGGACAUCCCAUCAGCAACCUUGUUCACGUCAGUCCUCGGAUGACUGUUCAGGUCAUAUGGCCUCCGUUCAUAGCUUUGGGGGCCAGAAGGUGGUUGCAGAACCAAACAUUGAUUUUGAAUUGGAUGUCAAGGUACUUAUCAACAGUGGGAAAUGCAUUUUGCAUUCCAAGGACCCAACAAGAGAAGAAGAUGUGAAAAAACUGAAGAAGGAUCCAAGCUGGACUGGUGACCUCUCAUCACCCACAAUGACAAACCGUCUUAGGAAAGAUGCUGCAAGACACAAUGUAUCAUUGAGUCGGUUGAAGCAGAACCCUUUCUCCUUUACCCCUCAAGUAACAGAUUCUACUGAGUUUCUCAUUCCUGGCCUUGAUGUGAAGCUGCAUUAUGAGUCGAGAACAGAAUCAGAAGAGCAGAGUGCUGGAAGUGGGAAUGAAGAAAGUUCUGCAUUAGGAUCUGGAGCUCGAAAGAGUGGGCUGAGUUCCUCAUUGGUCUCAAACAAAAAGGCGUGUGUGUUUGCCUGGGUCUCCCUGCAUUCUGUUCCAGAGGAGAUCUUAAUAUCCCCACACAUCUUGCUGUUUCUUGAAAAGACAUUGGAACCAAUUCCUUAUACCAUACCUGAGACCAAGACCCCAACUGGACCCACUCCAGAAAGCACAUUCAACUUGGAGACCUCCCAAGAGUCAGUGGGGUUGUCAGCAGGGAGUUAUGUAUAUGCAAGCUUCCCCGUGGAUGUGAUGGUCUUCUUCCACAUGCAACCUUCCACCUUUCGUUUUUCAUGUCUUCCUGUUUCCAAAGUGGAGUGUCUGCUGAAGCUUCCCUCUUUGGAUCUUGUAUUUUCUUCUAAAAGAGCAGAGGAUGAACUCAACAGAGGAGGAGGAAAGCAGCAGCAGUUGAAUGAUACUCAGUCUGCCUCUGGAGGUCUGAGUGUAACAGGAUGUUUGGCAGAUUUUUCUUUAUACAUUUUCCAUCCAUAUGGUGGCAGCAAAAAGACUGCCUUGCAAGAUUCCAGCAUGAAUGAGUCAUCUCCAGGCCAGCCAGCUGACCGCAAGGACUCUCUCAGUGUCCAGGUUGAAUUUGUUAAGUUUCACAUCUCUCGUUCCCGCAAGUUUAACUCCCCCAAAGCUGAGGGCAAGACCAACACAGCCAUUGUGAGAUUCUCCACAAUGGUGGACAUUGGGAGUGCAUCAUUUAAAUAUGAUAUGCGACGGCUGACAGAGAUCCUGGCCUUUCCUAAGGCAUGGUACAGGAGAAGCAUUGUGAGACGUAUGUUUCUUGGAGACAUGACAACCACAGCCAGAGAAGACUCGUCUGUUGCUACCAGCAGGGAUAGUGGUGCUUCUGCUUCAUCCAUUGGAGUGAAAUACGAAGGUAAGGCAUGUCAGAGGUCUGACGAACCACUACCCAAUGCACAGUACCUAUCCACUCGUCGAGGAACAGCUAAGGGAAUGUCUCUGUUUCUGCCAAUCACACCUGAGGCCGGAGGAAAUAGGGCAACAGCAGCCCCUGCCUGGGAGACCCUUGUCCUCUUUGCUGUGAAUUUCACCAAACUCAAUGUCCAGAUGAACAUGAGUAAUGUGAUGGGGAAUGUCAUUUGGCUCACACGAGGCUUCUGUGCGGAAGGACGACUAAGUAUUGGGAGCACAGGACACAAGAACAUGCAUCUGGGACUGGGUCUGCAAAGUUCCAACUUGGAAGCCAAGGGAGGCAUUGUUGGUGGCAACAUAGACCUCUCUCAGAUCGACACAUAUCUGAAGAUUAGGGAGGACCCAGGAACAACACCAGAUCACAUAUUGGGGCUGAAACUGGAAGCCUUGGAAGCAAGACUAGACUGCAUGGGAACAAGCAUCCUAAUGGGUCGUGUUUCCUCUCUUCAGGCCAGGGUGAAUGAUGAAUGGAGACUUGAGGCUGUUUCCUCACCUGCACCCACUGACAGGCCAGCUGCAAUACAUUUGUAUGGAGACCUGAGCUGGGAUCAGCUCCAGCUACUCUUUACGCAAAGCACAGCCACAGAUCUCAUGAGGAUGUAUGGCAAACUGGAGGAGUUCUUCUCUCAACAGCUGCACUCAGGGAGGCGUGUGUUUUCUUCGCUCCAAGGUGGAGGACUCAGUCGCAGCUCUUCCAGGGCCUCUCAUUUGCCUCCAAGGCACCCACGAAGAAAAACCACAGAUGUGGGGCGCGAAUCGAUGGGGCAUCACAGACACUGGCAGCCAGCUUUACAUCUGGUGAGUGGCUUGAAGCUGCCAACUUUGAGGGAUGCCCUACCACAGAAGUUCACUGUCCUUGGUGGCACUGUUGAGAUGCGAGGGAAGCAUAUUUCCUUGGCCUGCUUCCAUGGCAUCAAUCUCAGGUCAAAAUCCUGGGCUCUCUUCUCCCUCAAGGAUCCUUUCAUCAGCUUCAUGACUGAGGCCCAAGACCUCCAGUGUGAUGAUCCCAAGGCAGUGCACAUAGUUCAACAUCUGGCCUUCUCCUUGGGAGGUCAAGAACAGGCCAUCCAUGGAAACAUGGCAACAGUGUGUCGCAUUUCUCGCUCUGUCAUGUUUCCACCGCAGUUCAAGACACUGCACGAGUGGUUCCACUAUGCAUUUGCAACAAGUGAAUUAGAUGAUGUGGAUCGGUUCCCAUAUUUUGGGGAUGAGGAGAAGCGUAGCUCCAUGAAACUGCAAGAUAACAAUCAUACAACUGAAGUCAUCUUUGCCUUCCCUGGUCUCCAGAUGGACCUGAAAACUGAGCAUCAUCAGGCUGGCAAAGAACCUUCUAUUGAUGAUGCAAAAGCACUGGUGAAUUGCAGCUUUGUUACUGUGUUCAACAAUCAUAUUUAUGUGACUGUGGAUGCUGAGGGCUUGUUUUUCCUCCAUGAUGUCGUCACAUCUUAUGUCAAGGACAGUGAUAAGCAGCAACAAGGGAAUGUUGAGAGUCCUUCACAGAGUCCUGGUGAGACAGAAAGAGAGAAGGGUCGCAAGAAGUCCACUCGAGUCUCAGAUCCAAUUGAGAUACUCCAGAAAGAUUACAGGGAGUUUCUCUGCAAGACCUGGCACCUCGAGCCCACCGUCAGGCUGAUGUCAUGGGGAGGGAAGCACAUUGAGCCAUAUGGAGUGGAUUACAUUUUGCAGAAACUUGGUUUUGCACAUGCUAGAACCACAAUCCCCAAGUGGCUUCAGCGUGGAUUCAUGGACCCUCUUGACAAGGGACUAUCAUUGCUGGCAUUGAACCUGCUCUUUGCUCUUCGGGAAGAAUCUCACAAGCAGGCCAGCCCUUCUUCCCUUCCAUAAUGCUCCUCACUUGAAUUCCACCCCACCAACUGAGCCAACAUGGAUAUCCAGUGCAAGCAAUAUGAAGCACACACUCCCCUCUCAUAGUAUGGAUGGAUGACUUCCAGAUAUAGGCAGUUCUUCAGAAGGUCCUUGCUUGAUGCUAGUGCUGGUUUGUGCCUCCUGGGCUGUUUACUGCAUUUAUUUAUUAUUCUUUUUUAAAUUUUUAUCCAAAUCUAGAAGAUGUGAUAUCUCAGAGAGGGGGGGGGGGGGGGGGAGAGAGGAAAUAGUAGCAGUGAUUCCCAAUAUAAUAUGUUGUGCCCAUAUGCCAUACAUCCUAGUCUGAUAGGUUGUCAAAUAAUUUAGAGGAUUUUUGUCUGUAUGCUGUGAUGAUAUUGGACUUCCUCCUUGCUUCUACUUGGCUAUACCACUCCUUUGUGCUGAUAAUUUCCAUUCUGCACUAUAGCAUCCAUAUUCUUGAAGUCUCCCUUCCUUCACUCCUUUCAGGGCAAAGGGUUUACAUCUUUCUUCAGCUGUUCAUUCUUUUACUUGGUUUUCCUAACCCCGUCGGGGGUUACUCAAAUGUAGGAGUGAUCUCCAGUAGAAAGCAGAAUUUCCUUUUAUUUAACUUGUAAAUAAUUCGGUUGACAUUUUCAGUGCAUUCAGG